UGAUCCAGGAUCAUCAAAGGAUGUUGAUCCAGGAACAUGUCUUACUAGGAAAAAAAUCAUGGUGACCGUCUUUAGUACUAAGGUCCAAAAUGACUAUAUUAUACUUUUAACAACAUCUUUGUUUCUCUCUCUAACAUGUAACUGGACAAAAGGUAAAAAGAUAUUGUUUGAUGAAAUCAAGCCAGUUGUGUUUCAAUUGUGUGGGGCGACACCAGCGGAUUUGAAUAAAGCCAGUGCCCUGAUCAACAGCUUGAUUAACCAGGAACAUAUGAACAUCACAAUCCAUGAUCCAGCCAUCGCUUAUUUCACCAAUGAGGAUUUAAAUAUACUGAGCAAAAUGGAAAAGGAACUCAAAGUAAGUGUCAUAACUGAGAAGAAGGGCCAAGACUCUGUCAUCACACUGAAGGGCCUGACAGGAUUUGUCCAAACUGCAGAGAGUCGUAUUCGGGAUAUUAUCCGCAAAGUGGAAAGGAAUGAACACCAUAAAAGACUGGCAACUUUGACCAGCAGUAUAGUUGAAUGGCAAUAUCUAAGUGGUCAUGACUUUAAAGGAUUUGAUAUUUUCACCAAUUGUGACUUGGAAGAGGCCUUUAACCAACAAACAACCUCUGUGCAAAUCAAGAUUGACAGUAAAGUGUAUAAUGCAGACAUAUUUCACAAAGUUGCCACAAAGGGAAAAAAACGUGUUGAAUUAAAGAGAGUAGAACUGAAAGCUGCAGUUCAAAGUUCUCUGCCUUCACACUGGGAGGACAUGAAAGGACAGCCGGUUGUUCUUGUAAAACUCAGCGCAGACUCAAAGGAAUAUGCAGAUGUGGAAGAAGAGUUUAAAAAAACUGGACUAUCCAGCAAUAUCAUUAAAAUUGAAAGAGUCCAGAACAGUGCACUUUGGAGAAACUACUUGAUCAAAAAGGAGGAAAUGGAAGUUAAAAACAAGCAUAAAAACAAUGAAAAGCUUCUGUUCCAUGGCACUGACACUUAUAAGACCGAUCAGAUCAACAAUCAGGGCUUCAAUCGCAGCUUCGCUGGCAUGCAUGGAGCCACGUAUGGGAAUGGCACAUAUUUUGCUGUUGAUCCGAGUUACUCUGCCCAAGGCUACUCUACACCUGAUGCCAAAGGUCAUAAACGCAUGUACCUCGCCAGGGUGCUCGUUGGGGACUUUACUCAAGGAAGAAAAGGCAUUCGUACUCCUCCAAAAAAGAGUUUACAAAGUGUUGAUCUUUAUGACAGUGUGACAGAUAAAACUAACAACCCAUCCAUGUUUGUGAUCUUCAAUGAUGUACAAGCUUACCCAGAAUACUUAAUCACAUUCCGGAACAAAUUAAAUUGUAAAGUUUAAUUCCAUUAGGUUUGAGCAGAACUCCUACAAUGAAAAAAUGAUAAUGAUUUGAACAAUAAAAGGCCACAAAAAAGUAAAAACCUGUUAACGGAACGGUCAUUGACAUUGACC